AUGUCGGAUGUCGGCGCAAGCGCUCCUCAUGAAGUUACGCGGAACCUUUUCCAUUGCACAGCUUACCCACCUUGUGGGCUCAGUUUCGCUCAUGAAUGGCAGCUGGAAUCACACAAGAGAGAACACCCUGAUAGGGGAUUCCACAACGUCACCGAAAGGCAGUUGGGUGAAAACCCGCAGUCUGACUCCGAUGCGAGGCGGCACUCACAUUUGCAGAGAGGCAGCUUUCGGGAGAACGAAGAUCGAAGAACACCGUCGCGGGCUUCUGAGCGCCGCAAGGCCAACCCGCGACCUUCCGUUGGUCGUGCUGAUGUGUAUCGUCCAUCGUUUAAGCAGUCGCCUGUUGCGCCGAGAGAAUCACUUGGUAUUACUAGCGAAAGAAUCGGCGCUGCUUCUGCUCCGCCCGCACUCGAUGCGCCUACGCCGCCGACAGAGCCUAUUCUUCCACAUCUCCUCUGGCACACGCCACAGUACGCCAGUUUGAGUCCCUUUAUGUCGGGAAAUCCUUCGAAGGUUGCUCAGAAGAACGUCGAAGAUGACGGCCAGAGCGAUGAUCGCUGGGACCCGUACGAAGAUCCCAUCACGGCCUAUCCCGCAACGACCGCUGGGCAACAAGCAGAAAGAUACGAACCGCAAGAUUUAGCCUCGAAGCGUCAUCAAGGACCCGUGCGAGCUUAUGUCGAUAGGUUUGCGCAAACGAUGGAAGCUGCACGUUUGCCACCUCAAACGACGGAUGCGGCCACGCAAACGGACCCCAAGCCGGCUUUCAGUGGUCACAAGGACAGGUUUACAGACAGCGGAGACUUGACUGCUGCAAUGACAUUGGCAGGGUUGAGGACGGUAGUGCUAGAAAAUUCCGCAAUGCAAACCGCAACUAUUCCACUUCGGGAUGUUGCAUCAGUUCAAGACGUCAGAUCGGCGGAGUCCUCACGGAACCACGGCGUCCAUUAUCCACGGUAUGAUGAGAUGGAGUUGGACGACCCGCAGGGCAUGGCAGAUGACGAUGAUGAUGAUCAAUUACCCGAUAUAACGGCGGCAGACGACACGCCCGAUGAAGACGGUUUGUUCAUCCCGCUGACUGAAGGUCGUGAUAUGAAUCGCGAGGAAACGGAAGGAGCUGCUUCACAAACAAUUCCAGAACCCGUACAGCCGGAACCGCCACAACCCGCACCUCAGCCAAAACCUACGCAGGCCAAACCGGCACGAGCAAAGGCGCAGUCAAAGAAAGCACGUUCAAAUUCAGCAACAUCGAGAUCGUGGUCUAAAGCAACACAACCGAGAUCACGAUCGAAACCAGCGCAAUCAAGGUCCCGGUCAAGACCAGCGCAACCAAGGUCACGAUCGAGGCCAGCACAGCCACCGCUGCCGCAAGAUUGGCCUGCCGAAUGGAAUCAAAGCGGCUUAGAACAAGACAACCUCAUUCCACAAACCCUUGCGGACCAUGGCCGCCCUAGGGAACUGGACCAAACGAGUUCCGCGCCGUCGCGUCAGGAACCAGCGAUCUCGGGGCGGCCUCAUGCUACUGAAGGUGACGAGGGAAUGACAAGAGUGGGUGAUAGUCAGCCCGAGUCAGCGAUUGAUCGAAUUGCUGAGUUUCAUGAUCCAUUUUGGCAGGGCUCGUCCGCCGAUCGGCCUCCCUUGCCAGUGGCCGGCGAGGAACAACUCGCUGCGAGUUUGAUCCCGCCACAACAGGCGGAUGAAAAUGGGAGAAAAUCCUGCCCAGACUGUUCCGCAGAUGGCGAUCGGCUCUGUGAGGAGUGCCAGAGGUGGGUAGUACGGAUUGCGCUUGGGCUUCGGCCAGGGGCCGGAUUUGAGCCAGGCAAGCCUCGCCCUGUGCCUGCCGAGCCCAACAGCGGGCAGAAGCGGAAGCGCGACGAUGAUCCCGACGAGCCUCUGCCGCCUCCGUUGAGAGUAAAGGUAUCGUCGCCUAUAACCACGACGGAAGAAAGCUCGGCGUCUAGCCGGAGCGGCCGGAGCUCGAGGUCGGGCUCGGUUAUUGUCGUUGCGACGCCCCGGUUCGAUGGAUUCGUGGACGGGGACGAGGAAGAUGGAUCGGGGGCGGAAGGCGGUGCGCACGAUCACGGCGACGAUUGGGACGUGGUGGAGGUCGAGGAUGGACCGGAGGAGAUUGUUCUCGACAUGCCGGACGUGGACAGCAAUGUCCAGAGCUCGACCGACGACGACGACAGGAUGCCACCGGAAGAGCACGCGCGGGACGAUGAUCGGCGGGCAAACACUUUCGUCGCCGUUAACGAUGCGACCGCGCAGGAAGACCCCGGUCUGGGCUUCUGGGGUCCUUCGGAAGAGGGGACGACGGGCUCCCCAUUCCCGGAUAGCGCAGCUAGAGCAGUUCCGACAGAUGCAGCAGAUGCCACCGAAGCCGCCGCUGCGAGAGGUCUACCAGAGCCCGGCCUGCACGGAGAGAGCGCCGACGCAACCGCAAUGCAAGGGCGCGCGAGCACCCCGGGAUCUGAGCGCCAUCGACCGUCAGCCCCGCCUGUUGUUGAGCCCGAGAGCCAGCAAGUGGGCAUCGCUGCCGACGAAAACAACGCAGAAACUACGGGAACCUUCCGCUUCGUCUUCCCUGAGGUCCCGUGUGCCCCGAGGCAGUCGGAAGAUGCGGGACUUGGUCCUGAGGCCGGCCCGUUCGUGCCCGAGGCAGAGGCAACCGCGCCCGCUGGCAAAGCCUCGGCCGCACCGCCGUGGUCUCGCGAAGGAAAUGCACCUAUGGCGCCCAUGUACUUUGUGCAGAGCUGGGCCGAGGAAGUGGUGCCGUCGAGCCACCCGUCGAGCCCGCUGUCGAGCGCGUGCUCGGUCGACCUUGUUGAUAUCAGGGAGGAGGCGAGGCAGGGGGCGCAAGCAAGAGAGCGGAGGGAUCCGUCAAUGGCAGCACCAGAAAUCGAAAUCGGCCACGACUACGACGACGACGACGCCGCCACGUCCCCGCCCGCCCCGGCCGACGCGGCGGCCAUCCUGCCCCUAACAGAAGAAAACCUCCCGCCGGCGCCCACGCCGCCCGUCCCGCCCUCGCGCGACCGCUCCCCCUCGGACAUCCUCGUCGUCGUCGGCAAGUGCCUCGACGUCAUCGGCUACCGGCGCGCCGUGCGCUUCCGCUCGCAGUCGUUCUGCGACAUGUCUGCGACGCCGCCGCCGCCCUCGCCGCCGGGCAAGGUGCAACGGCAGCAGCGGCGGCGGGUGCCUUCGCUGUCGCCUGCGCCCUCAAUCACCCACGCAGACGCAGCCGCAGACGCUGAUACAGAUACAGACGUCGCGGCGACUAGAGCGCCGGCGCCGCCGGAGCCCGUCACCGAGUGGGAGACGGAGUGGGAGACUGAGCGCGAGCGCGACGAGGGCAUCAGCGAGCGCGCGGCCAAGCGGCGGCGGAGCACGCGGGUGAUGGGUGGUGCUGCCGGUAAAACUAGCAUUGCUACCCACACAAACGGUGACGACACGGACGUUGAUGGCGCGGUAUCUGGCGCUGAGGAGCGGAGAGGACGCGCUAGAUCUAGGUCUAAGUCGAGGAGGCGCCAGCAGUGGCGGCCGCGAUCGAGAUCGUUGAGUACGGGGUCGAAUAUUGUUGUUAGGCGGCGGGAGUAG